GUUUUGUGUCUCGAGUCUUAAACGUAUAUACACCGUGUCACGCUACAAAAAGUACGUGUGAUAAACGAAUAUAUAUAAAAAAGAACUAUAUAUAUACACAACUACUAAUAAAAGUCAAUUAAAAUGGAAGAUCAUGAAUAUUGCGAAUCUAACAUAUGUGAAUCAUAUGUAUACAGUCAAGAGAUAUCAAAUGAACAAGAAAAUAUUGCUAUAGAAAAAAAUGGUGAUGCUUUUCUCAUUAAAUUAUACAGAGAACGCCCAUUUUUAUACAAUAAAAGACAUAAUGAUUUUAAAGACAGAAUAAUUAAAGAUAACGCUUGGAAUGAAAUGUCUAAAAUUAUGCUAAAUAAAAAUUAUAGUAAUUUUUAUACACCUGAAUACUGCCAAACUAGAUGUACAUCUUUAAGAAAUCAAUACAAUCGUGAGAAACGAAUCUUGAAUGGUCAAUAUAAAAGUGGAAGUGCUGCUUCAACUCACAAACUCUUUGUAUUUUUUUCCCAAUUGUCAUUUCUUGACAAUUAUGUCAGACAGCGAAGAACGCAUAGUAAUAUAAAAGCGAUUGAAACUUCAUCUUCUACAUCAUCUUCGGAGUUAUCAGUCAAUAUUCCAAAAUUUAAUGAAGUAUUUCAUAAAAUAUCAAGCGAUUCUGAAAAAGAAGAUAAUUCUAAUAAUGAGGAGAAAAACAAAGAAAAUAUUCUUAAAAAAUUAGAUACAAAACCUGUGAAAUACAAGAAACGCAAAAUAGAUGAAACGAAAGAAUUUGAAAAUAUGUUUUCAUCAGUUACACAAAAACUUGUCAAUGUUUUGGAUAACAAAUAUGAAAAUGAAGAUGAAGCAUUUAGUCGGUUUAUCAUUGCUCACUUGUCAAAUCUUCCACAAACUGAAAAAAAUAUCAGGAAGAAAAUGAUAACAGAUGCUUUAUUUGCUUCAUUACAAAAAACGUAAUAUGUCUGUUAUAUAUUUAACGCGUGAUUUUUCUUUUUACAUUUAUUAUUGAAACAUUCAUUUUAUACAAAAGUUUUUCAUUUUUUUAUAUUAUCAAUAAUAAUAUCAAAAAUAUUAUAAAGAUUUUGAGUUUAAUUUGCUACUGCCAUCAAGACAAUACUAUAAUAUUUUUUGUAAUUAAAAUACAG